AUGGAAACCCCUAAUGAAAAUCAGACGUCGUCCAAGAACGUUAGCAGACGCUCGAUAAAACGACGAAAUAGACCAAAGAAAUUAUCUCAAACGCGAAUACAACGUCCUCGUUCGGAAAAAGUAGUAACGGCCAGGAUUGUCGGGUAUAGUAACUCCGAAGCGAUGUACGCGAUCCACUAUACUCCGUUCAUGAACAUCAAAACUAUAGAACUAUUGAUGACGGUAAUGAGACAGAAACUAAAGAACGUCAUACGCAGAGAAGGCCGCAUUUCCGAAAUCACCGUGUACUUCUCUGAACGGAUGAUAGCCAAACUAAAAAACCGUCAUAAUCGGCUUCAUUAA